AUGGAGAGUAGUAAAGCAGUAAACCAUACGUCAUACUAUACCGAAAACGAAAAACACAAGAACCAGGAUCUGAGCAUCGGUAACUUUACGAUUCGCGAUCAAGGAAUCGGUGAAGAUAUCGAAAACAGCCACGGAAGCGGUUCAUUCGAAGACACAGAUACACUGAAAGCCGACGUUAGGCGUUUGGAUUGCACGGGAGGGGGUAAUGGAGCAUUUUGCAGAAUCGUCGACAGAGACGUGAAAUUCGGCGACCGGGGUGAUGCAGGUGCAGGUAAAACGGAUGAGGUGAAAAUGAAACUCGCGGACGUCACUAAAAAAUGUGGCCAAGUCGGUGGCACUGUCGGCAACAGUGUUAAAAAACGAUCGUCCUGCAGGACGACAUCCGAUGCGAUAAAAAUCGACUGUCAUUUGUUUAAAAUUGAAAUUUCCAACGUCGUUGCGGAACUCGUCACCGCCAUGGACGGAUGUCUGUGCCAAUAUAUAUGCAAGAAAGCAAACAUUCAAAAGAUGACCGUCUCGUUCACGUAUGGGAAAUCCAACGACCAGAAAUUAUUUAUUUACGGCAGUGAGAAAGGGGUGAGGUACGCGAUGAAACUAUUGAAACGAAUUAUCAUGUCGAAGAAUGUACGAGGGUCCCGUGAAAAAAAUACAGUGUUUGCUCGGCCCAAUCAAGUGAUAGAAGAAUAUGUUCCACAAUAG